AUGCUGGGCUGGGGCGCCUCUGAGCGGCGCGUCACGAGCAGCAAGGAGCUACGUGACGUUGACAUGUACGUUUACACGCUCCCCGCAGGGCUGCUGGGCCGCUACAUUGGCCGCGCCCUGCGGUUCCGCGUGGAGCGGUUUGCGUACGACGUUGACCCGGCGGGCCGCUCGCUGCGGCGCGUGGUGGUGGAGGCCGACUCCCUGCUCCCGCAGUGCGAGGUGGACCGGCGCAAGUUUGAGCGGCUCCUCUUGAACUUCUCAGAGGUGGAGCGGCUCUCGCGGCGGGUGCGCAGCUACACCCUCGACGCCCCUCGCUUCCCCCGCAUCCUCUACGAGGUUGAGCGCGAGACGCAGGAGCACCUCGAGGGCUCGCUGCAGCUCUGCGGGGAGACACGCCCGGUGCGGUGCAGCAAGGCGCUGGAGGGGCCGGAGCUCGUGGUGCGCUGCCCGAUUGACACCCGCGAGUUCAACGUGCCGCGCUACUCGAUCCUCUUUGGGCUCUUCAGCGUCUCGCCGCACGUGGAGGUGGAGACGCGGGUGCCGCUCAAAGUCCUGCGGCUGUGA